CCAAUAAUUUUAGUCAUCCCGUUAUCUUAUCAAUUCCGAGAUAAGCGCGUAAUACCGAUACCAUACAUACACCUAAUACACUAGACAAAGCCAUGGCGUCAUCGUAAUCGCAAUACGGCAUGCAUAGGCGAGUCUAUACAGUCCCGGAGUCCAGCCAAGACUCUCCCGCGGAACUACAGAUAACAUCGUCGACAUAACCAUAUAAACCCAGCCUGUCUCUUUUAUCUACAUCCGCCCCUUCCAUCAAUCGCAUAUACACUGUGUACCUACAGAAAGAAGGAAGAAAAAUGUCAGCCGAAGAAUCAAAACCCACUGCACCGAUCGUUUCGCAUGGUCGCGGAGGCCAAGGAAACAUCGGCGCCGAUGCAACGGAAUACGUCGACGGCGAAAUCGUUCGUGAAGGGCCCGUCGGUGAUCAGGGGGAUGGUGCUUAUUCUGCCGGUCGCGGCGGAGCAGGAAACAUCGGCUCUCCACAUAUCCGCCCCUCUACCCCGGGAAAAGUCCAUGAUAAUGUCGUUGUACCCGAGACAGCGGUUCGGGAGAGUUUGGAUGGGGAUUAUCAUAUCGGUCGCGGAGGCCAAGGAAACGUCCACCUCGAUGAGAGCCAUGAACAGGACAAGAAACAUCAUCUCGGUCAUAAGCAUACCAAUAGUACCGGCAAGGCUCCUGCUACUGGAGAUUCAGCGGAUGGGAAGGUGUAUGAAGGGUUGGCGGAUAAAUUGAAGAGGAAGUUGUUCGGGAAGUGAUCUCUCUUCCCCCGCUUCUAAGGGCAAGAUUGUAGACGGCGUGGUUAUGGUGGUUGGUGGUAUAGAUAGUAAUUAUUUUCUUGAUGUUAUUUCGUUGUGAUAUCCAUGGGGAUGUUAGUUAUUAAUCAAUUUAUAUCGUUAAUCAAAUUUAGUAUAAGAAGGCAGAUAUCCCACAGAAAAUAAAAUGAAAUAAAUACAGCGCCAUCCAGAUCCGUACCGAUCUUAUCCAUUAAUUAUGUGAUAUCCGUGCGUUCAAUUUCGUGGCAAACAUAGCAUACGUAGAAUGACAUGACGAAAAAAAAAAGGAAGUAUGUACUCGUCGGCAAGAAAUCAAUCCUUGCUAAAUCGUCGUUUGAACCAACUACCGCGUUUCUUUUUGUCGUCGGUGUCGGCGACUUUUCGAGCUGGGGCUGGAAGUGCGGGAUUGAAUGGUUGCGAGGCUUGACCGUUUGAUUGUCCAUGAGGAGGUGGUGCAGGUACACCGUUUCUGUAGUCGUGUUGAAACGAGGUAUCAAUCUGGGGAUUUCCACCGAAUCCAUUUAGCCCGUAAGUCUCAGACGGCUGUUGUUGCUGUUGGUAUUGUUUUUGUUGUGCGGCUUGUUGCUGCAAUCGGUCGAAUGAGCUGUUGACUGAGCUGGGGUCGGUCGAGUUGCCCCAUUGAUCAGUAUUUGCAGACCCAGAGCCAGCGGUGAAGUUGUCUUGCGAUCGUUGGUAGGGCGAGUUGGGGUAGAAGUUCUGUUGUUGCUGAUGGCCAUUGCCGUUGGUGUAGUCUGAGUUCACGCGAUUGUUGGGAUGUCGCGGUCGGUUACCUCGCGGCCCUUGGUUGUAAUAAUAUCCAUUCGAUCCGGAUGCGCCGUAGUCGACGUAACUGUCUGGUCGAGACAUGGAAGGACGUCCGUAGCCAUUUUGAUUCGGUUCGCC